AUGAGCAGCAGCAGCAGCAGGGGAGCCACCGCAGCAGCAGCAGCAGCAGGGCUACUGCAACAGCAGCAGCAGCGGGGUCACCGCAACAGCAGCAGCAGCGGGGCCGCCAAAACAGCAGCAGCAGCAGCAGCGGGGCCACCGCAGCAGCAGCAUCAGCGGGGCCACCGCAGCAGCAGCAUCAGCAGCAGCGAAGCCACCGCAACAGCAGCAGCAGCGGGGCCGCCGCAGCAGCAGCAGCAGCAGGGGGAGGCGUCUCACGUUUGUCAGGGUCUCUGGAAUGUCCCAAACCAACAAGUGAGGAAUCUAAAGGACUUUUUGAAUUUGGAGAUUAAAUGA